UCACAGUUUCACUUUUAGAUACACUGUGCUAAUAAUAACUUCGAAUGGGUGGUUACAGUAGAUACAACACAGCGUAUCUCCCGAUGACCCAGCGAUUAACGGGCUUUUCUUUGACUGGAAAGCUGGCUUUGAAUUUUAAAAGCAGGUCUGAUCUUCAAGGGACAGUUUGAAGAGAAAAAUCAGGAAACAAGAGGAAUAAUACAAGACUAGCUACGACAGAAAAGUAUAGCAUAAUUACAGUAAGUGGGAUUUAGUUUUUGUUGCAAUUUAAAGAACAAAAAAGCACCUUAAUGGUUUUCAUUAACUCCAGGCAUCUUUUUAAAUACAUAAAAACAAACAAAAAAAAACAUUGUGGUUAUCUUGUUGUUGUGAUCCUACCUCAUCACAGAGGGCCCUUUCAGAUUGUUCUAGCUAUUAUUUCUGGUGCAUUUGUAUCAGUCAGUCUUGGACUGGAAGUUUGUGUUGUGGUACAUGGUAAUGCAGCAAUGGUAACACAGCCCAGGCAUGCUAUGGUAAAGGGCAGUAUGAGGUUUGGUAGUGAUGCAAGUCAAUCACUGCUCAUCUGUAUCACACACUGUUAACUAGCGUUAUCUGUCCACUGGUGUGCAAUGGAGAACACGUACUGCUAACCACUAUAUAUGUCGACCUUUUGUAGUUUCCAGAGCUGUAAAUAGUCUAAAAAGUUACAUGUUUCUGAAUAUUAUUGAAUUCUACUCUGCUUAUGCCCUAUAAAGUAAUACCGAUGUAUGCAAAAUGAAUACAAGUAUCUUAUUAAAUCAGAAGGUUAUCUAAAGGGCUUUGACCACAUCAUAGCUGAGACUUUGUCAACUUUCUGUAUAAUAUUUCAGAAUAUCUUACCAGAAAUGUAUACUGGUUUACCAUUUAAAUUUUUUUCACAGUGACCUUAAACACAAACUUAAAACACAUACUGUAUGUUGUUUACUCGGCCAAAAUUGUGCAACAUGUAGUAUACCUAUUGCUAUGGCUUGUGUAGUUACUAAUUAAGCCUCUCGUUAGUGUUUUUAGUGCUUUGCUGUCCUUUUUGAGUGUUUCAAAAGAAUCUGGCAGACGUAGGGAUUUUCCUGUGCAACUUCAUGUAGCCAAAUCAAAAGUGUCCUUAUUCAUUACUGUGUGGAAGCCACCAAAACAUACUGCUUUUUAACCUCUAGCACUGACCUAAUAAGCCAAUUGUAUCAAUUGUCUAAAAAAUACCAGGUGAAAAUGUGUGUUAUUACUAGUGUUAUAGUGCAGUGGUUAUAAUAUUGUAACGUUUUCAGGUACACCCUUAUGGAAUCAGACAGAUGCACUAUUUUAGAAACGAUGGUGGCCACCUGUGUUUAUUUAGAAUAACAAAAGAGGGUAAAGAACACAGGGUAGGCAGAAAGAUGGGGGGAGGGAAUGGAUCAAAACACACAAACAUGGACUCUGAACUGAAACCACAGCUCUUCAGCACUCGUCACUCGGACUGCUGUCCGGCCUCCCUUCUUUAUUUUCAGUCGCUCACUCAGCCCAAAGUAGCUGUCCGUCUUUUCCCUUUCUUCCUCACUUCCGUCAGUGUGCUCCCGGGAGGAGAAUUGCAUUUGGAGGAGACUUCUCAGUGGCCUCUGCCUCCCGUCCAAUCCUGUCACCUGCCCAUCAUACAUGUCCUCCAGGGAUCUUAAAGGGGACCCCAGCUCUCUUGAGCUCGUUACAUAAAUCAUCUCAUAAGUCAUAUGACUUUGGUUUCAGGAUGAUAAAGAAGUAAUCCUUUGGGAAUCACAGCUGUAUUCUGUGACAGGAGAUCAACUUUGUGGCUAUCAUACAAGAAAAAAUAACCAUCUUCCUGCCAGCUGUCUUGUAUUAAAUAUUAAUUUUUCAGCCUUUCCCCAGUAAUAAUAAGCAUGUCAGUGGAAUUCAAUGCCACAAUAGUAAAUGCAAAUAUAAAGCAGUCGGUAAGACCUACAUGAAAAACAUAACUUUGACAAAUGAAUUCUGAUAAAUACAGUAACUUGUGUUAAAGAAUGUCCAAACCAAGUUUUAAUCAUAACUGAAUGUAGUUCUUUAGUGACGUUCUCUAUUAAACCCCAAAGUAUACAACAUUCAGUACCUCACUAAAGUCCUUGAUGGGUUUCAUCACAAUUGGACAAUCUGUGGAUACUUUCACUGUACACCAAAAGGGGGAAAAACUGGUAAUUUGUAAACCCUGAUGAAUUUGUAAAGGUGCAAAACCCACAGUACUAUAGGUCAGUGGUUCUCAAACUUUUCUUUGGACUUUUGGAAUCAAAAAUUGCAUUAGGUCAUCAGAGAUUAGUGCUAAUCAGGGUCAAUGAAACCAGCAAGACGACUACUUCUUCAUUGACAAAGAAGGUCUUCUGACUUGGUUAGUGAUCAGUAUUGACUGUUUUCUAAGCAGUAAAUUUAGGUGAUAUGGAGAACCUCUUAAUUUAAUCAUAUUACCCUUUUUGUCAUAAUGCAUGUGUGCUACUGCAGAAACAAAUCUGUGACUACUAAUUUGUAUCAUAUUGUACUGCACAGGUGGUAAACGAUUAGACUUGAUGAAUCGGAAUGUUUAUCUAAAGGCUGUAGGCUACUCUGUGGUUCUUAUAAUCUUCUGUACACAGAAGAGAAGUGAUACAGGUUAUUUAAUAGUAGGGGGCCCACAGCUACUGUCGUGCAAAACAGUAUUGUUGAAUGUUUUCUAUGCUUCUGGAACCAACGCGGUUUAAGUGAUAAAUGAAUGUUAGCUACAGUAGUGACAGUCAGUGCAAAAACAGGGCUAAAUGCCAUGUUGGUUCAUCUUACUACUUUUAAGGUUGAAAUGGUUCUCUCAAUGUCAUACUAACUAUUACAGUGCCAUAUAGUCUAUAUUGUUUGUCUGUCUAUCAUAUGUAUAAAAAAGUUCAACAGUGUUGUAAUUUAUCCUUGCAUGUGAAAUAUACAGUUGUGUGUAGAGAGAGAGAGAGAGAGAGAGAGAGAGAGAGAGAGAGAGAGAGAGAGAGAGAGAGAGAGAGAGAGAGAGAGAGAGUUAGUUAGUUCUGGGUUUAAUUGAUGUAUAAUUAUUGGUACAAUGCAAUUUGAAAUUAGAGAUCAUAACCUGCAGCAAGUAGGGCAUUUCUGACUGCAAGUCAGUUUCACAAACCACACUUUCAAAUCCGGACCAUUUUUGCAUGUACUGAACUACAGUGCUAGAAAGAGGAUUUAUAAUAUGUCGUUUAAGCUUCAUAAGGCUUAUAUUUACUGUUUUAGGUAUUUUCUUAAGUAAAUCACUGUAAAAUAACCCUUAGAGGAGUAAUUUCAGUGCCCUGCUCGUGAAUUGAAAUUAUAUAUCCAUCCCUCCAUGCAGGCUAUUGUCACACAGGUAAACUAAUUGACUAAGGAUAACAUGAUAGGGAUACACUUCUCUACAGUAUUGUUCUGUUUCAUAACAGUAAAAAUAGGCCCUCCUCUGUUUUCACCUUUCCUACAAAUACUCAGGUACGGUACGUAUGAACUUGGUUCCUAUUCAUUUUCAGGGGAAUCUGUUAAACAGAAGUAGGGCUGCAGUCGUUCCCAAGGCACAGUGCAGAUGUUAGGAUUGUCUGUGUAAUGUUACGGCUGCAGAAACCAGGACACUUGAUUUUAUUGUCAUAUCUGAGCAUUGCGUUUCACAGGCAUCUUGCCUGAGAGCCGGGGAUGUGGCUGGUGAGCUCCUGUUCUGGAACAGCUAGUCGGCAAGUAGGCUGGUGAGAUGGAGAGUGCCCUGAGUGGGAGUGUGGACACCAGGGCUUCCCUGCGCACUGUCAGCUCCAUUAACGCAGCGCAGCUCGCAACCAGACUCGAGUCCUACGAAUCCGGGGAAAAGAAAUCCAUAUCUGAUGUCAGACGGACUUUCUGCCUAUUUGUUACCUUUGACCUUCUGUUCAUUACCUUGCUAUGGAUCAUUGAACUGAACGUAGACGGAGGCAUUGAAAGACAGUUAAGCAAGGAAAUUCUUUAUUAUGAUUACCAUUCCUCCUUCUUUGACAUAUUUGUACUAGCAGUUUUUCGAUUUACUCUACUGAUACUUGCCUAUGCAUUGUGCAAGCUGAGACAUUGGUGGGCAAUAGCAAUAACAACAGCAGUUACCAGUGCCUUUUUAAUAGUUAAAGUCAUCAUCUCAAAGCUGCUUACCCAAGGUGCUUUUGGCUACCUGCUGCCUAUUGUGUCCUUCGUACUAGCAUGGAUAGAGACCUGGUUUUUGGACUUCAAAGUAUUGCCACAGGAGACUGAGGAUGAAAACAGGUUCCUGUCGGUUCCGGAUGCCUCAGAGAGGGCGGUGCUCAUUCACCCAGGCCCUCUGUCUGAUGGACAGUUCUACUCGCCUCCAGAAUCCGUAGCAGAUUCAGAUGAGGAAACGGAAGAAAAGCAGGAUCACGAGAAGCCGGUUCUUUAGCGGUGUUUCCUUGAAGAACAAUGUGUGGUGCAUCAAGACAUGAGACCAUUACUACCUUAAUCUGCUCUGUGAUCCAGUCACCAGUGGCACUGAAACUUUUCUUUACUGAACAAAAUGGAACUGACGUGGAUGUUGACUCAACAAGCAGAAGCUACAAGAGCCUUCUUUUGCCUUAGAACUGCUAAGAGCACUGCUCGUCCUGUCCAUUUUCACUGUACUAACUCUCAAUGCAAUCAGUUGGUUCAGAUAUCAUGAUCUGAAUGUUCGACAGAUCUACAGCUAACUUAAACCACGAAUUGUUAAUAAUAAUUUUUUGAGAGAUCUUGUACCUUUUUAUAGUAAAUCGCUGUGCUCGGUACAGUUUAUAAUGAAGAAGUGGUUUGCUCUUAAUUUGUUUUUCUGAAGAUUACAGCACAGUCAUGAGCACUGGGAUGAUUUCUUUUUUUAUCAUAGUGUGUAUAUUUUACUUUUAGGAACAACUUAUUUUAAUUAAUAGCAACAAAACUGAAUGCCUAUUAUACAAACACAUGUUCCGGCCUAUAUUUUAACUUUAAUUAAUUAAUGUGACGAUAACAUACACUGAAUUUCCAAUGCGCAAUUUGAAUUGAAAUGAGUAGCAGAAUAACACAACUUGCUGUUCAUUUAAAUACUGCAAAACUCUGCUUUUGCGUUCAUUUUGGAAAUUGAGCCUUCUAUAUAGUACUAUUAAUGUGGAAUUGACACUCACUUCUACUGAUUCAAAAACAACAUUUCACCAGAACUCUUAAAGAACUUCUAUGAUUUAAAAAAAAAAAAUACGCAAAUUUAAUUUUCUUUGAAAUCUGUUAUUGGAAAACAUCACAGACCUUUCUGCUUAAUAGUUUAGAAUUGUCAUAAAUAUCCGUUAGAAAUAUUAUCUUGUAAUAAAUGUAAAUUACAAUAAUGUAACGUAUUACAAUAUAUAUAUAUGAAAGGUAUGCAUGUGUAAAUAGAAGUGCAGUAUUUUUUUUUUUAUAUGAAGUGCAAUGGAAAUAUAUACAUAAGGCUUAAUAAAGGAACUCCGAUUAUCGCAUGAAUGUAUGCCCUGUACCAAUCCCAGAUCCACAGCCUAGUGAUCCCAUGUUAAUUAAUAAAAUAUCUUCCUGUCAAAAUAUUGUGGUCAAGAGUG